UUUGCACAACGAAACAAAGUUUCCUUCCCAAGCUUUCAAUUUCUCCACCGAAACCAAUCGAAUUUGGACAGCUUUGAAUGGGAAGCAUUAAUCGGCUUGCACAUCCUGGCAAUCUUUUUCUUUUAAAAAAAGCCCAAGUCUUCGAGGGGUCUUAUUCCUUACAUCUCACCCCCAUCCUUCAUCCCUGUGAAAAAGGGGAGAAGAAGGGCCAAGAAAGGAUGGUGUGUGUAUGAUAAGGGACUAUUUUUAACCCUAGAAAGGGUGCGUGUAUGAAUGACGGUGAAGGGUUAAUGCUACAGCCGUUCUGCCCACACCUUUUCUGUAUGAAUAUUAAUAUCUCCCGUGGCUAGAGGCUGGAAUCGAGGUUUUUUGGGAACACGGCACAACAUCGGAGGAGCAGAGUGAAGACAGGGCAGCAGGAGGGGGGCAUCCCACCCUGAAGCUCUUGCUACUACCCCACCCAGCCCUGCACCACCCUUGGGACUCCAUCCAAGCUGCUGGGACAGGCUCCAGAACAGCUGAGAAGCGAGCAUGCCGGAGUUUCCACAGCAGGGAGCUGGCUGCAGACGUCUCUGUGCGGACUCUCGGAUCUGAUCGCAGAGGCAAAGUCCCCAGCUGCUGGCUCCCCCCGGGUCUGAAUCCUUUGGGGAGGACAGAAGAAGCCCCGCUGAAGCACCCGGAGAUGCAGGGGGUGGCCUUCAUGGGCCCCUUUGAUGCCAGGCUUUGGCGGAGCACAAAAGGCGAUCUGGCACAGGACUCCCCAGCCUUUGGCACCCUGAGCAUCUGGAGUGGGUCUCCCCGGAUGGUGCUUCUCUUUGUCUGGCUGACUUUGCCCUGUGCUGUUCAGGGGACAGAUGGCAGGACUCUGGGGCUCGGCCUGUCCCCACGGUCUCGUCUCAAGCGCCAGCCAGGCCACGGGACGUGGACACAUUGGGGCGCUUGGAGUGCCUGUUCCAGCACCUGUGGAGAUGGCGCCUCAUUCCGUACCAGGAGGUGCAUCCGGUUUCCUGAGGAGGAGAUAUGCAAGGGAAAGGCCCGGCAGUAUCGAGUAUGUGAACUGGAUGAUUGCCCCUCUGGAUCAACACCCUUCCGGGCCAUUCAAUGUUCCCUCUACAAUGGCAAGCCCAUCUCAGGGAGCCAGACCCCAUAUCAAUGGGUCCCGUUCCAUGGAGCUCCCAACCUCUGUGAUCUGAACUGCUUGGCAGUGGGCCACAAUUUUUACUACACCUUCGGAAGGGUUUUGGACGGGACCCGUUGCAAUCCGGAGUCUCGUGAUCUCUGCAUCACUGGUCGGUGUUUGAGAGCAGGUUGCGAUGGCAUUCUGGGUUCAGAUGCCCAAGCCGAUGCGUGUGGCAUUUGCAAUGGGAAAAACGAGUCCUGCGUCUUCGUGCAGCGGGUGUUCCGGGCAGCGUUCCCCACCUCUGGCUUCUUCGGGUACAAGAAUGUGACCCGGAUCCCAGCAGGCGCCAGGCACAUCAAGGUGACGGAUCGCAGCCGCAACUAUCUCGCUCUGAUGAGUACAAACCAGCGUUACAUCAUCAAUGGGGACUGGGCCAUCGAUUGGCCGGGUGUGUAUGAAGUGGCGGGCACCAAAGUGCACUACGUUCGCACUGCUGACGUGUACGAGAGCUUUGAAGCCACUGGGCCUACCCAGGAGGACUUGUUUGUCAUGGUUCUUUUCCAGGAGCACAACUCUGGCAUCGAAUAUCAGUUUUGGCUACCAAUGGAGCAGUUCCGGCAUGUCCAGAGCGAUGCCAGCCCCCUGCGGCAGCAACAGACCAGGGAGGUGGAGGGAAGCCCUGAAGGGGAACCCCAACAUUUCCCACAAGCAACAGCAGCCCCGCCUGUUCAAAAGGCCAGAGACACAGCCAAGAAGAUGUCGCAAGAGGCUCCCGUGUCACCAGCCAGGAUGCCCACCCAGCCAGGGAGAUGUGGACAUUGUCAAACACCAAAAGGGAAAUCCCAGCGCAUUCAUCACUACUGCCAGAGUGACUUUGUAUUCCGCGCUCUCAUCCUUGCCAAGCGCUACAUUGGCCUGGAGACCUGCUAUGAUGUCCAAGUGAAACACACCUACCGCAACCGCUUUCCCAUAGUGAGCCGGGAGUACGUCUGGGUCUCCAACACCUGUGACUGCCCCCUGCUUGUGGAGCGGCGCGAGUAUGUCCUGAUGGCCCACCGACAUGUCAAUUAUGAGCACACCCUCAACCGCAUCCUCCUGAAGCGUGGCAGCUACGCCCGGCUCUGGUCACCCCGAGAGGACAUGCAGCUGAGGGACGUGGCCAAGCACUGCCUGCCGAAUAGGGUGCUCUGAGGGGAUCCGGAACCUUUGGAGCCCACUUUGGGGGCAGGGGGAGCCCUCUUAGAAGAGCACAGAACAUGGAAUGAAGCAAGCCCCCUGCGGUUCCUCCCAAACUGUGCUGUCUAAAUGGCCGAAGGUCUGGAAUUUUGACCUUUGUCAACUUUGUACGCAAAACAACUGCUGUGCAGCACUUCCCCUUUGCCCCUGGACUUGUCUGCCUUAUCGGUCAGCACCAUUGUGACUUUGAGGGAAGAGAGAGUUUCUAUCUCUCACGUGCCUUUGCCGAGUUAUUUGCAAGGUGGGGGGCGCGGUUCCCAGGGCUAGAUUAGUCGUUACUGAUGGCUCUGUGCCCAGUUUCAUAUACACCACCAACCCAAACCCGAAAGGAAUACCCAAACGGUCCAAGGACUGGGAUGCCUUCCCUAAGAGGAAAGGCUAAACAGUCUGUGGCUUUCCUAACGACGAAAAUAUGAUGUUGCAGGGAUGGGACAUGAAAGAGGUUUGUAACGUUAUGCAUGGGAUGGAGAGAGAGGCCAGGGAGAAUAUUUUUUCCCAGCCAAAACUGGGGAGGGGGGGUCAUCAAUUGAAGACGAUGGGCAAUAGAUUCAGGGCAGACAAAAGGAAGUCCUCCUUCACUCGAUGCGUAAUUCACUUGUGGAACUCACGGCCACUAGAUGUGCUGAUGGCCAUGAGCGGUUUUGUAAGAGGGUUAGACACAUUCAGAAAGGAGGAGAGGCCCACCGGCAGCAAUUUGCCAUAAUGGCUCCAUGGAACCUCCAUGUUCAGAGACAGUGUUACCUCCAAAUUACAAAUGGGGGAGCAGCAGACAAGGGCAAUUUCCUUCCAUUCCUUUGUGGGUUUCCCACGGUGGCUUCUGUUUGGCCUCCGUGAGAAGGAGGAUGGUGGACUACAGAGGCCAACUUUGGUCUGAUCCUGCAGAACUGCUGUUACGUUCUUAAAAGUAAAAGUAUGGAGAGGAUCUUUUGCUUCUGAAGAAACAGGCCUGUCUUUCCAGCACUGGGGCUUCUUUACAAGCACCACAAUGAGAGCCUGAGAGGGGUCCCUUGUGAAUACGGUUCCGGCAAGGCUUAGAGCAGAAGAGAGCUCUUUUCGAGCCUUUUAAUUCAGUGUUCAGAUUCGAGCAAAGAGGGAGAAUGAAGAGGAGGGGAAAAAAUCACCCCAAACCCAUUUAAUCUGCACAUGGCCUGAGGCUGUCAACAUGUUGAUGAGCUGCAGAAAUUUUAAGAACAAAACGUGUAUCGUGCCUUUUUAAAAGGAGCAACCAAAAUAUCACAAAACUGUGUGAAUUACAAAACAGUGUGCAAUCUU